CUUACCUUCCUCCACAUAAGCAGGAGAGCAACGAGCACGAAACACUGCCAACAAAAUCUCUCUCUCUCUCUAGCAAGAAACGCAGAGCUUCAAUGCCAGCAAGAAGCACGCAUGAAUUCUGAUUGCAUGCGCUCUCCGCCGCCGUCUCCCGCCGUCGCCAUGCCCUCUCCUUCCUCCUCCGGCUCGUCCUCCGUCGCCGCCGUCUUCUUCUUCUUCUUCUUCUCCUUCUUCACACUCGCGCUCUCCGACCCUCGCAUCUUCGAGGCCGGCCUCUCCUGCGGCAACGCCUCCGCCUCCGCCCCCAACAUCGUCCCCAUGUUCGUCAGGGAUAUGGAGUCCCUCUCCCAGCUCAUGACCACCCGCCACUUCGCCACCCAAGUCACCAGACCCUCCGGCGCCGCCGCCGCCGCCGCCGCCGCCGUCUACGGCCUCUCCCAGUGCCACCGCGACCUCUCCCAGACCGACUGCCUCCUCUGCUUCGCCGCCGGCCGCACCAAGCUCCCCCGCUGCCUCACCUCCCCGGCCGCCCGCAUCUACUUCGACGGCUGCUUCCUCCGCUACGACCGCUACGACUUCUUCACCGAGGCCGUCGACCCCGUCUACGACUCCGCGAACUGCACCUCCGACCGCGGCUCCGUCGACGGGCCGGCCAGGGAGGGGUUCGCGGCGGCCGUGGAGUUCGCCGUCGGCAACGCGACUCGGGCCGCGACCGGAGUCGGAGGCGGGUUCGGCGUGGCGGAGGCGGGGGGAGCGUACGCGCUGGCGCAGUGCUGGGAGAGCAUCAGCAGCGACGGCUGCGGAGUCUGCUUGGAGAAGGCGAAAACGGCGGUCCGGCGGUGCGUGCCGAGCAGAGACGGCAGGGGGUUGAACGCCGGCUGCUAUUUGAGGUACUCGACUGUGAAGUUUUACAGUGACCAAGGAGCGAGCGAGGCUGAUCAAGGGUCGUCUUCGAUCGGGAUCACGGUAGCGGUUGUCUUAGUGGCGGUAGCUUGCAUAAUGCUCUCUAUGUUCGCCGCCUAUGCAUGCUAUGCUAGGGUGUCGAGACUAGAAGGAGGCAACAUCCAUCUCCAUAAGAUUUCGAUCGGCGACAAAUCGAGUCUGAAUUUCAAAUACGAGACGCUGGAGAAGGCGACGAAUUACUUCCACCAUUUGAAGAAACUCGGGCAAGGAGGUGGCGGUUCCGUGUACAAGGGGACUCUCCCGAAUGGCAAAGUCGUUGCCGUCAAGAGAUUGAUCUUCAAUACCAGGCAAUGGGUCGAUGAGUUCUUCAACGAGGUGAAUCUGAUCAGUGGCAUCGAGCACAAGAACCUUGUGAAGCUCCUGGGCUGUAGCAUCGAAGGUCCCGAGAGCCUUCUUGUCUACGAGUACGUUCCGAACAGGAGCCUCGACGACUACAUAUCCGACAAGAACAAGAUACGGAUUCUAAACUGGAAGCAGAGGAUGAGUAUCAUCACCGGCACUGCCGAGGGGAUUGCUUAUCUACAUGGAGGGUGUAAGGAAAGGAUCAUCCACAGGGAUAUCAAAGGCAGCAACGUACUUUUGGACGAGAACCUCACUCCGAAGAUUGCCGAUUUUGGCCUCGCUCGGUGUUUCGGACCCGACGAGACGCAUCUUAGCACUGGAAUAGCAGGGACACUCGGAUACAUGGCUCCCGAAUAUCUUGUCAGGGGACAACUCACCGAAAAAGCCGAUGUCUAUAGUUUUGGAGUGCUAGUUCUUGAAAUCAUUUGCGGCAGGAAAAGCAGUUCCUUCAGGGAGGAGACUGUUUCUCUAUUACAGAUGGUGUGGAAUUUUUACAAGUCCGACAACUUGGUUGAAGCCGUCGACUCCUGCUUGAAAGGCGAAUUUCCUGCGCAAGAGGCCUCGAAUGUCCUUCGGAUAGGACUCCUUUGCACACAAGCUUCGGCUGCCGCUAGACCGUUCAUGGCUGAGGUGGUGCAGAUGCUGACUCGCGAGGAUUUCGCGAUCCCGCAGCCGACUCAGCCCCCAUUUCUAAAUGCCAACGCGUCAGGACCGGCCACCUCCAAUAGGUCCUCCGGGAUGAGCAGUUUCAUGUCGAGUGCAGUGAGAAAGAUCAACGCUUCUUACACAUCUUCAGAAUGCUCGAGCAUGCCAAGCCUCGACAAGCAGUCGAGAAACCAUGAGUCGACAACGCUUCUUACAAGCAGCCAAUACUCGGUCGCUUGAGAACACGGGCAUCUGCUCCAACGGCAAAUCUCGCAGGCAGUGCCGUUGUCGGCCGCUCUACAUGAUCAAUGAGGUAAAGCACCAGGACUAAAGGCCGUGAGCUCCAGCAAAAUUCGACUCGGUUUAACGAAACUUCGCGAGAGCGGUCGACUCCAUACUGACUUACAGGACAAGCAUCAAGCAGUGAGCUAACUAUGAUGUGAUCAGUUGCAACCCUCUCCUGGAAGGCGCGACACGACGGCGUUGUUUUAACUUUCUCCUCAGUGUAAUUACUUCCACAGCCAAAUGAAGGAAAUUUUUUUCACGUCCGGCAGAUAUUCUUAAGAUUUCACCCGUCGAACAUGUAAAGACGAAACCGUGAAAGUCGAAACGGGCGGGUGACAUUUUCCUCAGCCGCCCAUGUCCGACUCCCGUGUCAAAUUUUCUUCAAUGAGAAGGGACAUUUACAGGUGUGCAA